ACUCUAUGGUGUUGGGUCUGGAGGUGUCAUGGCGGCGCCCAUGAGGUUGAAGUCCACGCUGGCUCUAGUGACAGGUGGGGGCGGCGGGAUCGGUCGCGCUGUCUGUCAGCGCCUGUCGCAGGAAGGGGCUUCAGUCGUCGUCGUUGAUUGUAACAUUGACUCGGCUAAUGAAACCCUCCGGAGCCUGUCACGUGGGGUCCCAGGGCAGGACCAUGUGGCCCUCACUGCCGACGUCUCCAGGUCUGAGAGUGUCAGGGCUCUCAUGGAGCAGAUACAGUCUCACUUCUCUGCUCCUCCUCGUGUGGCCGUCAACAAUGCGGGAAUCACCAGGGACGAGUUUCUGCUUCGUCUGUCAGAGGAAUCCUUCCAGUCCGUGCUGGAUGUCAACCUCAAGGGUCCGUUCCUCAUCACACAGGCCGUGGCCCAAUCCAUUGUAACCAGCGGGCAGAACGGUGGCUCCAUCAUCAACAUGGGCAGCAUCGUGGGAAAGGUAGGUAAUCUCGGCCAGGCCAGCUACGCUGCCUCUAAAGCCGGAGUGGAAGGUCUUACGAAGACUGCAGCUAAAGAACUGGCCAAGUUUGGUAUCCGCUGUAACACAGUAUUACCUGGAUUUAUAGCCACCCCAAUGACUGAUAAAGUCCCACAGAAAGUGCUGGACAAGAUUGCGGGUCUGAUUCCGAUGGGGAGGCUCGGCCAGCCUGAAGAUGUCGCCGAUGUUUGCGCUUUCCUGGCUUCAGAUGACAGCAGAUAUAUCACAGGGGCGAGUAUAGAAGUGACAGGUGGCCUGUAUUUAUGAUGUAGCCUGCCCACUGCCGCCUGUGCCUUCUGGACAAGACCCUGAAAGCCAGCGGGUCGGCGUCCCACCGAGAUGCGUUUUCCCGGUCACGGACACCGCGUCUCCUAAUUGUAGCCUUAAUUGUAAAUAAUCAUCGAAGAGACUGAUCUUAUAGGAAAUAAAUAUUAUAUAUUCUGUA